AUGGCCUCCAACCCAGCGGCCGAGCUAGCCUCAGCGAUCCAGUCGGCGUCUAUAAAGCGUCAUCCAUCACCUGAACACGACGUCAACCCUUCGACGGCGGCAUCCAAGAAAGUCCCAGCGACGCUCGAAUCACAGUCCCCUCCACACUCUCUGUCCCGUUCCGCAUCUCUGUCUACUACUGAAUCCACCAUCCCCAGCGAAAUCAUCCGGCCCCGUUCUCGCCGCAAGUCCUUUCCUCCCAUCCCCGACUUCCGCUUCGAGCAAAGUUACCUCGCCAGCAUCAAGAACGCAGACACCCCGCUCAGGGUCGCCGUGAUUACGAUCCGGGACCAGCUCCUCCUCCCGCUGUUCCAGGGCAUAGCGUGGAACCUGAUACAGUUUGGCUGGCGCCACUGGAACAGAGGGAGCAAGUUCCAAGGCCGCACUCUCGGCGCAAGGGUGCGGAAAUGGUGGUGGGGGGUGAAUAAUUGGAAGGUCCCGGCGGCGGAGAGAAAUGCGGCAAAAGACGCACAGGUGCUGAAGCAGGCGGAGGAGUUCUUCGUGGAUCGGUUCGGGAGCGCCCUGGGUGAUUGA